UUUCCGAAGUCGGCCAGCGUGCACGUACGGGCAACCAUGGAGAAAUUAAACACAUUUCUCAAUUGGGCAACCGAACACUGACAAUUUCUUUUGAAGAAAAAAAGGGCAUGAUUUCUAAAUCCAUGAUGUCUGGUAGUCGUAAACAUUGUUUUUACUUUCUUGGAGUUCUGAUUUUUGUUGCCGCUUGGGGGUUUGUGUCGAUGAGAAGUGGGCGGAUAGAGAUAACUCCGCCCCGGAUUUUACAGACUGCGAGAAGGAAUGCAUCAUGGAGAAACGCAUUGAGUCCAGAGACUACCUCGAUGCCGGUGAAAAGCUUACGAAGGAGUUUUUCACCAACAACUGUUCCUGGUGACGGGAAGCAGCAUGUGGUCAUUCUGGCCAGCAUGCGCACCGGCUCAUCCUUCGUCGGGGAACUUCUGGCCAACAACGGCGAUGUGUUCUACCUCUUCGAGCCGGGCCUUGCUGUUCACGACGCACUCCGACAGAACGGGCUGUCGCCAGCGGUCGUGGAACACGUGUACUUGAGGAUGCUUCCAAAGAUCUUCCUGUGCGAUUUCAGCGACCUGGAUUUUUACAUGGAGUGGCUGGCGGCCCGUCCCUUGGCGGACCUACUAAAGAUGGCGCCCAGACUGUACGAUCUGUGCGUUCUUAACUCGACAGACCCAAAAGGGCGGUGUGUGAUCACCCCAGAGAUGGCAACGGAGACUUGUCAGAAGAGUGAUUUAAUUGUCAUCAAGUCGAUUCGUGUUCCUGACAUCAAUCUCUUGCUGCCCAUGGUGGAAGAGAAGACGAUAAACCUGAAGGUAAUACAUCUAGUGCGAGAUCCUCGCCCUAUGAUAGCGUCCCGUGCGGAAGCUUUGAAGUGGGAAGUCUUAGACUCAAAAUGGAAUGGUGUACUUCCCGGCAAGGUCCAAGACGUCCUCUGUAUUUACUGCAAGUACAACUGUCAAAACCUGGAGUUAGGCACCCAACGACCCUCUCUAAAGAACCGCUACAUGUUUUUACGAUACGAGGACGCGGCCUUGAAUCCAAGAGCUGCCGCCUUGAGAAUCUACCGAUUCCUCGGUCGUGAUGGCGGGGUUCCAGACUCGGUGCAGGAAUGGAUCGACUCGAACACCGGGGCCGACAAGCCGGGGACUUAUUCCACAGCGAGAAACUCUAGAGAGGUGUACCGUAAGUGGCGGCUUACCCUCCCGGUGGAAGCCGCCCGAGCGAUCGAGAAGACCGGACAGUGCCGGGGUAUGAUGGCGAGAAUGGGGUACCUGACGCUGGAGGACAAGUGGCACUUACGGAACAUGUCUCGGCCACUCCUUGGUAGCCUUCCGCCUGUUAACACCGAUGUUGAAAAGUAUGACUGGGUGUGGUUUUAAAGACGCAUAUAGGGUCAUUUGUAUAUACCAAAAGUAACCAAGCGAAUUAUUAUCAAAAAGCUUAUUAUAAGGUCGUACUCAUGGAGGGUACUGAACACCUCGUGAAAUUAUUCCGUCUGGCUUAGUUCUUGUCAUUUAGAAGAAAUCUAGAAAUUUAGGUGACUUCCAAUGAUCAGUCAAUUGGCUGAUCGUUUGAAAUAUGGAGUUGUAACUAACGAAAUCGUCUUUCGUGAUCUAAAUGUUGUGCAUGCAUGCAUGUUAUUGUUUGUUUGAGUUUUUCUCGAGCUGAAACCUGAACAGGUAAAGUUCUGAACUGCUUCUUUGGAUAUUGAGUGUUGUUUUUGGAAACGAACCAACUGCAUGACAAGCAAUGAUGAACCUGUAAAUUAUUUGCCUUUGACGCACGUUUUCUAACUGAAAUCGCUAGUUGAAAUACACCGUCGGAACUGUUAUUAGCUAUCGGGCAACUCAUUCCUAUAAAGAUUGUACUACUCAGAUUAGAAAAAAAAAUAACAUUUCCUUAUAUUUCGUGAAAAAAAUGCACAUGUUAUUUUGACUUUUUGUAGUAUGAGGAUUCUAGGGCGAAGGGACUGCAAAGCUUGUCGAAUGGACCGAUCCAGUAAGCACCGCCCCAUGGUAUUCUGACCAA